GAUGCAUGCUCUCUUUUAAGAAGGCAUCAUUUUGAAACCUAUUUAUGUAAAAUUGCAGAUGCGCUUGUGAACUGGUGCUAGAAUCCUUCUUCUCUAGUUCUUUCUCUCUGUGUUCCCAUUUUCCGUGAAGUUCGCGCUCUCUAGUUCCAUCCAAAAAAUCUCCCGCGCGGAUGAACCAGUCGGUGAGUGGCGGGAGGAAGAACCACUGCUGUAUUUCUCACGAAUUCCUCAGAGCCGCUUCAAAUGCCCCCAACAAAGUCGCAGUUAUCCAUGCACUGGGUGGCGCUCGAAUCGCCGGACAACUCCAAAGCAGGACAGCAGAUUCUCACUCCAAAGGCCGGGGUGACGAUGCUGAUGGUCUGUUCUUCGACGAGGUUGCGAAGUCUUCUCAUCGUCGUUCUACGGGGUUCGAAGGAGACCAGUGCUUCACUUUCUCCGAGCUCUUGGCCGCCGUUGAUUCGCUCAGCUGCAGUCUGCGCCGUAUCCUCGACGGUGGAGAUGAUCCUCAUUUGAUCAGGCCUGGAGGUAAUCUUUGUAGCAAGUCACUACAUGCUCAAGUAUCUGUGCCUUCAAAUCCAUUUACUUCAAAUUUGAAGUCAACUGAGGUUGAGAAUAGAAUUGUGCCAAAGAUACUGGGUGUUUAUAUGGUACCUUCUGUAGAAUAUAUUGUCGCUGUUCUUUCUGUUUUGAGGUGUGGAGAGGCAUUUCUUCCGCUAGAUCUGUCUUGGCCAAAAGAAAGGAUAUUAUCAGUUGUUUCAUCUUCAAAUGUUCAACUUAUUCUCAGCUGCAGAUCUUCCAGUGAAGGAAGCUUCUGUGGCCAACUUGAUAAAUCACAUUGGCUUUGGGAUUCCGUUAGUUGCCCUGUUUACUGUGUAUCGAUGAAAGAGAGCCUUGAAGAAUGUUUCAAUCUGUCGGACUUUAUUUGGCCUUGUCAAAGUAGAAGACCGAGAUUAUUUUGUUACUCGAUGUAUACUUCAGGUUCAACUGGAAAGCCCAAAGGGGUAUGCGGUACAGAAGAUGGUCUUUUGAAUCGCUUUUUAUGGAUGCAAGAAUCUUAUCCCUUAUUUGGGGAGGAGCUUUUAUUGUUCAAGACUUCAAUAAGCUUUAUUGACCAUCUCCAAGAAUUUCUUGGCGCUAUUCUUACUACUUGUACGUUGGUCAUACCUCCAUUCAAUAUGCUGAAAGAAAAUCCUUUUUAUUUGAUAGACUUCCUACAGGUUUACUCCAUUAAUAGGCUUAUUGCUGUCCCAUCACUGAUGAAGGCGAUUCUUCCUGCUUUGCAAAGUCCAAGCAAUCUGUGCAUGCAUAGUUCCUUAAAAUUGUUAGUGCUAAGUGGCGAAGUUCUUCCCUUAUCCUUGUGGGAUACCCUAUCCAAGUUAUUACCCAAGACUUCUAUUUUGAAUUUGUAUGGGAGUACGGAGGUAUCUGGCGAUUGUACAUAUUUUGAUUGUAAAAAGCUGCCAAUGAUUCUAGAGACUGAGUUGCUUAACAGUGUUCCAAUUGGCAUACCUAUCUCUAAUUGUGAUGUGGUUCUUGUUGGAGAAAAUGAUACAAUUGGUGAUGGAGAAAUAUAUGUUGGGGGCAUAUGUGUCUCCGUCGGAUACGUUUCUGAUUCUACAAAUAUGUCUAUGGACUACGUAUAUUUGCAUAAAGACUCAUUUUGCAACCUUUCCAUCAAUGAGUAUGGAAGAGGAUUAUAUUAUAGAACUGGAGAUUUUGCAAGGCGGCUUCAAAGUGGUGACUUAGUUUUCAUGGGAAGAAAUGAUCGUAUUGUAAAAGUUAAUGGGCAGCGUAUAUCUUUAGAUGAGAUCGAAAAUAUGCUACGUAGACAUCCAAAUGUGCUGGAUGCUGCUGUUGUUUACCAUGAAGGCCAAGGAGAACUUGCAGUCAUUGAUGCUUUUAUAGUACCACAAAAAAAGAAUUUGGCCUCAGAGAUUUUGAGAUUUUCUAUUAGAAACUGGAUGGUUGACAAACUUCCUUUGUCAAUGAUUCCUCAACAUUUCUUCUUUAUGGAAUCGUUUCCCUUGUCUUCUGCAGGGAAAGUAGAUUAUUCAGCUUUGGUUGGUUCUAAGUCUUCUGUAACAUGCAUUGAAGAUGACAUUUAUGACUUCCAGAGCAGUGAUUUAUUGAAAGUUAUAAAGAAGGCCUUUUCUGAUGCUUUAAUGGUUGAAAAAUUUUCUGAUGAUGAUGACUUCUUCAUGAUGGGUGGUAAUUCUAUCGCUGCAGCACAUGCUUCUCAUUGUUUAAGUAUUGAUAUGAGAUUGCUCUAUAGCUUUCCUAGUCCUUCUAAGCUUCUAAAAGCCCUUCUGAAUAAAGAAGGGUUACAUGAUGUUGAUCAUCUCAAUGCUGAUUGGAAAGUAAAAGUGAAAGAAAGUAAAGGGAACAUGAUCAUUUCCUUUGAUUCUGAGCCUCGUAAUCCCUAUAGAUUUGUGCCCAGUGAGUGGUUAUUAAGGACCUCUAGGAAGAAAACUGGUGAUCAUUCAUUUAUUUCAAAACAUUUGAAGAUGGAUUCAGAUCUGUAUGUGCCUUUGGUGGGAACAAGUCGUAGAGAUAUAUACUUGUGGAAUUCCAAUUCGGUGUCAAUGUCAUGUUCAUUCAGCCGAUGCAACAAGGUGUUGUAUGAAGGAGAAUAUGAGCUGAAUGAUGUAUGUCAGGCAACCUGGUCAGCGGAAUUUCCAAAAGAUAGACAAGGUUAUAUGCGGGAAUUGUGGAAGGUUCACAUGAACUCCUGUGUUGAUGCAUCACCAAUUGUUGUAUUGAAAAAUGGAGAUAUUUUCCUAUUUAUUGGAUCUCACUCACAGAGCUUUCUUUGUGUUAAUUGCAAAAGUGGUUCUGUCCAGUGGGAGGUCAAGCUAGAAGGUCGGAUUGAAUGUACUGCAGCAAUUCCUGGUGACUUUUCUAUGGUCAUAGUUGGAUGCUACAAAGGGAAAAUAUAUUUUCUUGAUUUUUCAAAUGGUGACACCUGUUGGAUUUUUCAAACAGAUGGUGAGGUAAAGUCACAGCCAGUCACAGACUUAUGCAGACAUUUAGUUUGGUGUGGUUCACAUGACCAAAAUCUUUAUGCUCUUGAUUAUAGAAAGUACCAGUGUGUUUAUAAGCUUGCAUGCGGUGGGAGUAUAUAUGGGUCACCUGCAAUAGACGAGGUGCACGAUACACUUUAUGUAGCAUCUACUAGUGGCCGUGUGACAGCUCUCUCAGUUAAGACUUUUAAAUUCAAUAUUUUGUGGAAGCGGGAGUUCGAAGUGCCAGUGUUUGGAUCUCUUGCCAUUGACUCUCUGUAUGGAAAUGUUAUUUGUUGCUUGGUGGAUGGAAAUGUUGUUGCAUUGGAUGCAAGUGGCUCUAUCGUCUGGAAGGGGACAGCUGGGGGUCCAAUAUUUGCUGGAGCUUGCAUAUCUCAUGUGCUUUCUUCUCAGGUGUUCAUAUGUUCCAGAAAUGGGAGUGUCUAUUCAUUUGGAUUGGAAAUGGGAAAUCUACUGUGGGAAUACAAUGUUGGAGAUCCAAUCACUGCUUCAGCUUAUGUUGAUGAGAAUUUGGAGUUGCUCUCUGCUUCCCCCAAUCUUUCUGACAGGUUGGUCUGCAUUUGUGCCAGUUCUGGAAGCAUCCAUUUGCUUCGAAUCAACGUGAAUACCAGUGCAGAGACCAGUCAAUCAGAAACUGUUGUGCAGGAAUUUGCUAGGCUUGACCUGCCAGCAGACAUAUUCUCUUCACCAGUGAUGGUUGGCGGCAGGAUAUUUGUUGGCUGCAGGGAUGAUUAUGUGCAUUGCAUUGGUCUUGAGUUAGCAAUUUGAGUUGCACGGUGGAAAUGCUGAUGGCCAUUAAAAUCUUCGUGCUAGAUUAUAUUCUGGUUUUUGAAUCUAUAAAAAUUGGAUUCUCCACCUACAAAGAGUUACUGCAAUGUCACCUGGCUCUGAUUUUUUGAGUGAAACAAUAGAGGCUUGGUCCACUGCAUCCUCUGUUCAAAGGUUCACAUCAACAAGAACUGCAUUAAAUAUAUGGAAAGCUCUACAGCUGAAGUUGAUGAGAUCAUUUGCCGUGGGAAUAGAGAUGUUGGCAGCAUAUUUUCUGCAUUUUACUCUGGGCUAUCAAUAGUUAUAUGCUUCUAUAAGACAUCUCCCACCCCACCCCAACCCCACACCCUGCUCCCACGGCGCGGGUGGAGCUGUGGCUGAGUGAAAAGAAGGAAUAACCUACACUGAUGAGUGCGGGAAGAAUAGCAAGCAGCACACCAAUAUCGAGAGCAGAUCUCCUUGGUACAUAUAUUGGGCCCUACCUUGGAGUUUUCAGCUUGUACAAUGACCAAGAGAGUGAUGUAAAAUACUGAUUCUACUUUUCUAAUGGCAUAAUAAAAUGUCUUCCAGAGUUGUAUA